ACCGUCAUUCCCACUCGACAAUUAUCUCAUACAUCGCACAUCCAAUAUCUAAAGCACAAAAUCAUUUUACAUCGAAAUUCCAACUUCAUCUACAUAUCCACCAUAAAUGAAAAUGUCCGAGUCGCUCAACGCCAUCUACGUUGUCCUGCGCAAGGACUUCGACCACCAUACGGACCGGAAGGGAAGACUAGCUCUCCCGAUCGGCGCGUUCAAAUCCGCCGCGUCUGCUAAUAAGGCCGCGGAAUCGCACUGUGAGAAGCAGGCUGCUAAGCGACCUGACUACGGCGAUGACCCAGAACACGAGGAGAAGGGCGGCUUAUACAAGGGUCGGUGUUAUACGCGUGAAGAUAGGAGGGACCACUUUGAGGUUUGGGUUGCCAUGAUGAAGUUGGGCGAUGCUGAGAAGCCUUCGGCACUUAAGAAGAGGAAGUCGGAAGGGGUGGCUGCAGAGAGCGUUCCGGCGGAAAGAGGACAGAAGGCGCCGAGGACUGGUACCUAAUACAGAGGGUAUAAUUUGAUCAUACAUGUAUAAGUCUCGGGGUUGAUAUUUAAUAGCACUUACGGCUAAGUGGGGAUGUUUAGCCCAACAUGGCUAAUAGGUAGCUUUGCAUAUAAGUUUAUAUGUUAUGGUACUGAACAUCAAUGGAAAGAUCAACUUUUCAACG